AUGAAGGCGAUGCGUACAGCGGUGCCUGUGGCCAUCCUGGCCCUCGUCGUGUGCCUCGCCCCCGUGGCGAUGGCGAGCCUGCACGCGGACGAGACGCUGGCGUCACAGUUCGCGGCAUUCAAGCAGCGGCACGGCAAGAUGUACGGGAGCGCUGCGGAGGAGGCGUACCGUCUGCGCGUGUUCAAGGACAACCUGUUCGUCACGCGGCUGCACGCUGCCGCGAACCCGCACGCGACGUUCGGCGUCACACCGUUCUCUGACCUCACACGCGAGGAGUUCGAGGCCCGCUACCACAACGCUGCAGCACACUUCGCGGCGGCUGCAAUGAUAGCAGCGCCCCGCCGUACUGUAUUAUUAAAGGCUUCGAUUAAGUGA